AUGUGUGGCCGCCAACCCGACGCCAUCAGCCAUACGCUUCGAAAUAUGGGACAUAUCUGGUGGCAUGAUCAGGUUUGGUCGGCGCUGGAGGAUAUAAGGAAGAAGUCGCAGGGUAUGACGCCGACGUCGGAGACCACGCUCAAGAACAAGAGGGUCGAGACGUCGCGGUCGACCAGGGCGAAUGGUGCUGCGAAUGGGAGGAGUGCCAGCACCAGCACGAAUCGCAACACCGGUGCAGUCAACAAGGCUGCCACUUCCAAUGGCAAGGGAAAUGGCAACGCAGAGGCCGAUUCCGAAAGCGAAUAUGAGAUGGAUACUGGCUCUGACGAGAGCUUGGAGGAGGAAUCGUCGGAUGAAGAGGAGGCCGCCUCGUUGCCACCCGCGAAAAAGGUCAAAACUGCACCAGAGAGUCCCACUGCGCGGCCGACUCAAGGCUCGGCGGUCUUCAAGCUGGUCUCCUACAAGUCCGGGGCUGUUCGGUGUUUCCCUCUAGAUGAAUGCAGGAAGGGCAAGGACCUGUUCCAGAAAGCUCGCGAUUUCUUUCGUCUCUUUGACCGGAAUGUGGAAGUGAAGAUUCUGUCGUGUCAGAUCUCGUCGCGUCCAGAGCAGCAUUACUUAUUUGAGGGUAGCGAGGGAGAAUUUACAUUGCUUGUCGAGCAGGUCAAAGGGUCACCGGCAGGGGGGAGGUGCACCGUCGAAAUUGGACAUGUUUUGUCUUGCUGA